GGGAGCAUCUGACGCAUCAAACAUGAUGAAGACUGAGCCCCCGUCAGCCACGGGGGGGAAUGGGGCCUCCAGUGGAAACAGUGGCAGUUCCAGUCUGCGAAGUCCCUCCCCCCACAGAAACGCCUACGAGGCAGGCCUGGCGGCGCUGAAAAGGGCCACCGACCACCUCAACAACGCCGCUAACGGAGGCGCUGACCCUGCCUCAAAACCCGCUCUCCUGCCCCGCCCGACUGGGAGGGGCCGGAAGUAUGGCUCAAACGUUCACCGCAUCAAGAACAUGUUCAUGCAGAUGCAGUCUCCAGGUGAUGAGGAGGACGGUGCCAAAGUGAUAGGUGAGGAGACUCAACUAAAACUGUCUAUUCCAAGGGCCUCUAGCCUGAAUGAGAACGUGAACCACAGCGCCCUGCUGAAACCUGGAGGUACGGUCUCAGAAAGGGUGAACCGUUUUGACUCUAAAUCCACUGGAACAGAUGGAGUCUCGUCUAUUGGUCUCUCUAAGCUCCAGGAGACCAGGAGGAUCUUUGAACAACGAACUCUACAGGAGAAGCAAGCCGCUACGAACCGCAUCUUGUUGAAAAAGGAACGGGCGUCAGGUUUCCAGGACAGCCGUCUGGACGUUGUGGCUCGCUUCAACGGGUCUACUGAAGCCCUGGAUCGACUGGAUGAUCCCCCGGCUCCCAUUCCUGCUGCUGUUCCCUCAGCUACCGCUUCAGUUGGCUCCAAAGACGCUGUCAGCCCUACUGUGAGCCAACUGAGUGCUGCGUUUGAGAAGUGUGACCUUCAGAACAAUCUCCAUGUCCCAAAUCAUCGGUCUGCCCCUGCCUUGGCACCAAAACCCAAGAUUCCCGCCAGAGGCAAUAAACCAGAGCGGAAGGUGCCCUCUCUUGGUCAGGAGACCAAGGCAGAAGUAAACGCAGGAGUUACAAGCACCCAGGCAGCAGAGCGUCAAAGGAGUACAGAAGUUCUGGUCACAGUAGAAAAACCCGAUGGGUUUGGACAGUCAAGUGACCAGCUCUCCAACUCGCUACCAUCCUCGGUAACUGGUGCUUCCUCCCUGUCUGAGGAGUCCGGUGUCCAGCCAGCAGUGACUGAAGACCAAGGGUCAGCUACGGCUGCGGCCCUUGAGGCGGAGCUUCCUUCCAGAGAGCAGGACGUCUCAGCUGGUGCCUCUGAGACCGAAGGGACGUUAGUGGAGGCUGAGGUCCAUACCACUCUGGAAACAGGAGCGAACGAGCCAACUUCCUUUGAAUGGAGAGGCGAUGAAGAGGAGGACAAUGAUGAGGAUGGCUCGAGGAAGGAGGAUUACUCAGAGGGAGAUCUGGUAGAUGUCAGCGCGUACAGUGGGCCUGGAGAAGAGGAGGACUCUGGGGGAAGUCAGCUAGAUGAUGAGGAUGAUGAAGAAGACGAGGAGCCAUACCAACCGGAGAGUAGUUGCUCUGAAAUCCCCGGCCUCCCUGAUGAAGAGGAGCCAGUACCACCCAGCAGGAAGAUCGGCUUCAGCACAGAGCCCAUCAAAGUCUUCACCACCUACUCUAACGAAGAAUACGAUCGAAGCAAUAGUGACGUCGACCCCAUGGCGGCCUCGGCCGAGUACGAGCUGGAGAAGCGAGUGGAGAAGCUGGAGCUGUUUCCUGUCGAGCUGGAAAAAGACAGUGAUGGUCUGGGGAUCAGUAUCAUUGGCAUGGGGGCAGGAGCUGACAUGGGCCUGGAGAAACUGGGGAUCUUCGUUAAGACCGUCACUGAGGGCGGAGCUGCUCAGAGAGACGGCAGGAUCCAGAUGAAUGAUCUGAUAGUGGAAGUUGAUGGGACCAGUCUGGUGGGUGUCACUCAGAGCUUUGCUGCCUCUGUUCUCCGCAAUACAUCAGGCAAAGUCAGGUUCCUGAUUGGCCGAGAAAAGCCCGGAGAGCAGAGUGAGGUGGCUCAGCUGAUCCAGCAGACUCUGGAGCAGGAGAGGUGGCAGAGAGAGAUGAUGGAGCAGAGAUACAAGCAGUACAUGGACGAUGAUGAAGAGACUGGUGAAUACGCAACAGAUGAGGAAGAGGAGAUGAGUCCAGUGUUUCCAAACUCCAUCGAGGUUUUUGACCUGGCAGAAAACCAGGACAUGUCUCCAGUGGAGCUGGACCCUGAGAAGCUGGCCCACAAGUACAAGGAGCUCCAGAUAAAACACGCAGUAACCCAGGCAGAAGUCCAGCUGCUAAAGAGGAAGCUGGCUCAUGCAGAGCAGGAUAAGUUGCGUUGGCGGAUGGAGCGCGCUCAUUUGGAGCAAAACAUAAGAGACAGCAAAGAGAGGAUGGAGAAGCUCGAAGGAUACUGGAUGGAAGCACAAUCCCUAUGUAAGGCUGUGGAUGAACACCUGAAGGAAACCCAGGCCCAGUAUCAAACCCUAGAGAGGAAAUACAACAAAGCCAAGAGAAUGAUUAAAGAAUACCAGCAAAAGGAAAUCGAACACCUGAAGAAGGAGACGGAUCAGCGACGUGCACAGGAAGAGAGUGAGGCUACACACAAAGAGGAGACAGAAAACCUACAGGAAAAGAUUACAGAUUUGGAGAACAAAGUGGAUGCCUUGAAGACCCCCAACCCUUCGUAGACUGCUGCUACUUCUUACCUCCUGUCUGUGACCGGAAGAGGAAGUGAUCUGCCUUCUUUCUGUCCAGAGCCAUAUUAUAUUCCAACCAACCAUUCACUGCACAUACAGGUAGCGAAAGGGGGAAAAUAAUAAGGAUGUAAAAGCAAAGUGAAACUGAAGAGUAUGGGAUGUGACGAAGAAAGAAGUAACCUCUCAUCUGAUAUCAGCCAGUGGUUCAACACUCUGUCACUACUUAAAAUAUCCCAGAAUGCAUCGUGUGUAAUAACCAGAAUCCUCCUUGUGUGUCUUCCUGUCAACCAGCUUGGCAAUCAACAAAAACACACUUUAUACUCUAUGGCUGAUUCGUUUUCCUCUCUUCAUCAACAGUAUUUCAUCAGGUUCUCUUCAUGGUUCAGAUUUACUUUUCUGAAAGCGCUUUUAAUCACCAGGCUUGUCACAAAGUGCUUUAUGGAGCGGCCGUGAUGUGAAAGAACUAAAACAAAAAAAUGUAAAAGGACUAAUGAUUGUUGCUUUUGAACCUGGUGGAUGUCUGAACCUGUUUCCCUCCCUGGUAAUUGGAGGGAGGUUAUAGAGGAUCUUUACGAAGAGGACAAGUCAUCUGUCUGUUCUCUCACACGGAUCAUUUGAUCCAGUGACUUGGACGAACGGCCAGCUCGUUUUCCCAAAAGCUUGAAGAGUAACAAAGUUUGGAAACGAAGAAAGCCACCACACAGCUGAUAGUUAAAUAACAAAUACUAUGAAACGAACUAAAGAACUAUGAACAUGCACUGUCUGUUACACUGUCUCA